AUGGACGCACCUACGCCCUUCAGCUGGAGCCGCUGCAAGAAGCGCCGGAGGCUCGCGAAGGAGCGGCGUGGGCGCCGCUGGCCGUCUGGCAUCGCCGCCAACGCCGUCUGCGUGUCGAGCCUCUCCGUAAAAGACAACAUAACGUUCUCGCAGCUUGCUUCCUUCAACACUUCACGUGGCACCGUCGCUGAGGAGGACAAGAUCAAUGACACAGCGCUCUCCCCCUCCAGUAUCGCUGCUGCUGUUAUCGUCAUGCUUGCCUGCACAAUGUCGAGCACGCCCGCGUGCAGCAGCAGCGGGGUGUGGUCCAGGGCAAUAAAGCCUGACGGCGUUGUGCCACAGCAGCACGACGAGGUCGGCGCGUGUGGGGUUGACAGCGUCCUGUCACCGCCGUGCCACCCACUCGGCAAACCUGCGCUGCCGAGCUUCUCCCACACCUGCUGGAGCAGGAGGUCCGGCUCACGGUCAAGAAUCUUCUCCCCAGGAAAGGAUGGUAACGCCUCUUGCUUCUUCUGCUCCUGCCUGCAUGUGGCAGGGUCAUUUGUCUCCGCAUUGCUGCUGGUGUCGUCAGUGUCAUCAUUACAUUCGCGAAAGGCACACCGAACGGCAUCAAUGGACGUGUCCUUCCCGUUACAAGAGGCUAUAAGGAGCAUGAAGAAAUAA